AAGAAAAGUCGUUACAUUUUAGGUUAGUUUAAAAUGUCAAAGUUCUAGAAGUCACUUCGUGAAUGAACCGUUGUCCGUUGAAGCAGGAAUGGAUCAAUCAUUUUUAUCUGCAGUGCAUUGUUCACUAGCUACUGUUCUUGUUUAUUGGAUUUAUUUAAUCUAUAGCAGCAUAAUAGAAUAAUUUUUUUUAUAAGCCUUUUACAAGGUUAGAAAAGAUUAUGGUAGACCAUGAUGUUUUUGUCGUUAUACCUGCCGCAGGUAGUGGUGAACGAUUGGGCAGUUUUAUUCCUAAACAGUAUUGUAAAAUCCUGGGUAAACCAUUACUGCUGUAUGCUGUUGAACAGUUUCUCAGUUUUUCUUUGGUGAGGAAAAUAGCACUGGUAGUUGAUAAUAUUGAAAAGGCGCACACAAUAUUACAAGAAGCAGGACUUGACGGCUGCAAACGAUUGAUACUAGUCAAAGGCGGACCAUCAAGGCACCGGUCAAUCCAAGCUGGUCUUCUGAAAUUGGAAGAAUACAGUUCAGACUUGGCGAAUGUAGUGGUUGUUCACGACGGAGUGAGGCCGCUGGUGCCCGAACGACUGGUGGUAGAGCUUUGCGGCGCGGCGCAGACACACGGCGCGGCUGGCGCCAUUCGACCGCUUGUCUCCACUGUGCUCCGCGCCACGUGUGACCUCUUCUUGGACGCCAGCCUCGACAGGGCCACGCAUGUGGCAAGCCACACUCCUCAGGCCUUCAUCAUGCGCACCCUCUUGCAGGCAUAUCGCAAGAUUUGAUGAUCUCAGUUGGUCAAGCAGCCCCCCGGGUGGGCAACUUUAGUAGUAGGGUACGUCAAGUUUUCAGUUAGUCGAGUUCCUGUUGCUUUCACUAAAUCCUGUGAAUACAGGAUUAUGAUUAAUUCUAAAACUAAAAGAGUUGAAUAGUAACCGCGUUUUACUGUAUCAUUUAAAAGCAAAAACCUAAAGCGGCCAUAGACGUGCAAUAUAAUUUGAGACAGAAUAAUUAAGAAAUGUAAGACGUUCUGGGCAAUAGCCUGUUUUUAUUCUCUGACUAUUGUAUUGUUUGAUCUAUAUAAUAAACAA